UCGCUUCCGGGGUUGCUCCGGAUCCGCUGGUUCCGUCACAACAUCCCGUUGGCUUCCCUCAGGCGGCGGGACCGGUGCAGUCGCCGCCUCCCCGGAGCGCCCGCCCGGGCCCGCGCCUUCCCCGGCCCAGGCCUCCAUGGCCACCAACCCGCAGCCGCAGCCGCCUCCUCCGGCGCCGCCGCCGCCGCCGCCGCAGCCGCAGCCGCCGCAGCCGCCGCAGCCGCCGCAGCCGCCGCCGCCGGGCCCCGGGACUGGCCCCGGCGCGGGCGCGGGCGCGGGCGCGGCGGGUGGCGCGGCGGGUGGCGCGGCGGGUGGCGCGGCGGGUGGCGCGGGGGCCGGCGCCGGGGACCCGCAGCUCGUGGCCAUGAUCGUGAACCACCUCAAGAGCCAGGGGCUCUUCGACCAGUUCCGCCGGGACUGCCUGGCCGACGUGGACACUAAGCCUGCCUACCAGAACCUGAGGCAACGUGUUGACAACUUUGUUGCGAACCACUUGGCAACUCAUACUUGGAGUCCCCACCUCAAUAAGAACCAGCUACGAAACAACAUUAGACAGCAAGUGCUCAAAUCAGGAAUGUUGGAGUCUGGUAUUGACCGAAUUAUUUCUCAGGUUGUGGAUCCAAAGAUCAACCACACAUUUAGACCUCAAGUGGAGAAAGCUGUGCAUGAGUUUUUGGCUACACUAAAUCACAAAGAGGAAGCAAGUGGCAGUACAGUCCCUGAUGAUGAGAAACCAGACUCUUCCAUCAUUACACAAGGUAUCCCAACUCCUGGACCCAGUGCUAAUGUAGCCAGUGAUGCCAUGUCAAUCUUGGAAACCAUAACUUCUCUUAACCAAGAAGCUAGUGCAGCCAGGGCUUCGACAGAAACAUCAAAUGCCAAGACCAGUGAGAGAGUAUCCAAAAAACUCCCUUCUCAGCCAAGCAUGGACACUAGUACUGAAAAGGAGAGAACUUCAGAGGACAUGGCCGAAAAAGAAAAAUCUGCAUCCGACUCUGCAGGGGAAGGACAGGAAACAGCCCCUAAGUCUGAAGAAUUUACUGAUCUCCCUUGUCCAGUUGAAGAAAUUAAAAAUCAUACAAAAGAGAGCAAUAGUUCAAUUCAGUUAAUUAAGGAGGUUCAACAGGAAAACAGUGACCAAAAAAACAAAUCAACAGACAAAGGUGAAAAGAAGCCAGAGAGCAAUGACAAAGGAGAAAGAAAGAAAGAAAAGAAGGAAAAGACUGAAAAGAAAUUUGAUCACUCAAAAAGGAGUGAGGAAUUACAAAAAGUGAAAGAGGAAAAGCAAGUAAAGGAAAAAGAAGUAGAGUGUUCAAAACUCCCUUCAGAAAAGAACAGUAAUAAAGCUAAAACCAUUGAAGGGACAAAAGAAGAUUGCUCUUUGAUAGAUUCUGAUGUGGAUGGACUUACAGACAUCACAGUUAGCUCUGUCCAUACCAGUGACCUCUCAUCUUUUGAAGAAGACACUGAGGAGGAAGUUGUAAUGUCUGAUAGCAUGGAAGAAGGAGAGAUUACAUCAGAUGAUGAAGAGAAGAACAAGCAGAACAAAACAAAAACUCAAACCAGUGAUCCCAGUGAAGGAAAAGCAAAAAGUGUACGGCAUGCUUAUGUUCACAAACCAUAUCUUUACUCAAAGUAUUACAGUGAUUCUGACGAUGAGCUUACUGUAGAACAAAGGCGCCAGUCAAUUGCUAAAGAAAAAGAAGAAAGGCUUUUAAGAAGGCAAAUUAAUAGAGAGAAACUUGAAGAAAAACGAAAGCAGAAAGCUGAAAAAACAAAGUCUUCGAAAGCUAAGAGUCAAGGCAAAAAUAGUGUGGACUUAGAAGAAUCAUCAACAAAGAGUUUGGAGCCUAAAACCCCCAGGAUUAAAGAAGUCCUUAAAGAACGGAAAGUUUUAGAGAAAAAGGUAGCCUUAAGCAAAAAAAGAAAGAAAGAUUCAAGGAAUGUUGAAGAGAAUUCUAAAAAGAAACUGCAAUCUGAAGAAGAUUCCAAAGAAACUCUCAAGACAAGUGAGCAUUGUGAAAAGGAAAAGGUAUCUUCUUCAAAGGAUCUGAAGCAUGUUCAUGCCAAAAGUGAACCAAGUAAACCUGCCCGGAGACUUUCAGAGUCUUUGCAUCCAGCUGAUGAAAACAAAAAUGAAUCCAAAAUAGAAAGAGAACAUAAAAGACGCACAUCUACCCCUGUUGUGGUGGAAGGGCCCCAAGAAGAGCCUGAUACAAGAGAUGGGAAAAGGCAAGUGGAACGGUCAGAAAUUGGCACAGAAGAGCCCCAGAAACAGAAAAGCACACUUAAAAACGAAAAGCAUCUAAAAAAAGAUGAUUCUGAAACCCCACAUAUGAAGAGCCUACCUAAGAAAGAGGCUAAAUCCUCUAAGGAGAAGCCUGAAAAAGAGAAGACUCUGUCAGAAGACAAAUUAUUUGUAAAACAUAAAUAUAAAGGUGACUGUCUGCACAAAACAAGUGAUGAGUCUGAGCUUCACUCUUCCGAGAAAAGUUUAAAAGUGGAUGAAAAUAUUCAAAAGCAAAGUCAACAAACCAAACUUUCUUCAGAUGAUAAAACUGAACGAAAAAGUAAACAUAAGAAUGAAAGGAAAUUAUCCAUCUUAGGCAAAGAUGGAAAGCCGGUUUCUGAAUAUAUUAUAAAAACAGAUGAGAAUGUUCGUAAAGAAAACAACAAAAAAGAGCGGCACAUAUCAGCCGAAAAAACUAAGGCAGAGCACAAAUCAAGAAGAUCAAGUGAUUCUAAAAUUCAGAAAGAUUCUCUGAGUUCCAAGCAACAUGGAAUCACAUUACAGAGAAGAAGUGAAAGUUAUUCAGAGGAUAAGUGUGAUACAGACUCAACUAAUUUAGAUAGUAAUUCAAAACCAGAAGAGGUUGUUCACAAGGAAAAGCGAAAAACAAAGAGCUUACUAGAGGAGAAACUUACGUUAAGGUCUAACCAAAAGCCAAAAAGUCAAGGUAAACAGUUAAAAGUAGUUGAAAUGGAAUCACAAGAAACUGUCACAAAACAGACAGCCACUCCAAAACCAGAUAAGGAGAAGAAUACAGAGGAGAAUGACCCAGAUAAACAGCGAAAGUCUAAAGUUGAAGACAAACCUGAGGAAAGUGGUGUUGAAGCUGUAUCGGAUAGUGCCUCUACUUCACAUGGUGCACAGAAGGAUUCUAAUCACAGAACCAAGUUAGCGUUAGCAAAGGAGAAAUAUAAGGCUGAUAAAGAUUCAGGCUCCUCCAGACCUGAGAGGAAGUUAUCAGAUGGGCACAAAAGCAGAAGCUUCAAGCAUGGUAGUAAGGAAGUGAAAAAGAAGGAAGAAAAAUCAGAUGACAAGGAUGGUAAAGAAGUUGACAGUAACCAUGAAAAGGGCAGAGGGAAUAGUUCACUUAUGGAAAAGAAAUUAAGUAGAAGGUUAUGUGAAAACCGAAGAGGAAGCUUGUCCCAAGAAAUGACCAAAGGAGAAGAAAAAUCAGCAAACUCUUUGAGUGCUCCCAAUAUUUCCUCUGUUCAGAAACCGAAAAAGACCAGUGAUGUCACAUUAAUGCCUGAACAAGAGCCAAUGGAAAUUGAUUCUGAGCCAGCUGUUGAAAAUGUAUUUGAAGUAUCUAAAACCCAAGACAGCAAUAAUAAUAAUUCGCAGCAAGACACUGACUCUGAAAAUAUUAUGAAACAUAAAACCACUAUCAUGGUUCUAAAUGAUGAAUUAAGAACUUCCACAGUAGAUUCAAAAACAGCAGUUGUAGCCUGUAAAUCAGGACGUGGGACAGUUGUUAGUAAUUCAGAAAAACACGCUGACCAUAAGGGCACCCUGACUAAGAAAGUGCAUAUCCAAAGUACUGUGUCCAAACUGAAUCCUGGGGAGAAAGAACCCAUUCAACAGGGAACUUAUGAAACAAACACAGACUCUGAAACUAGUCAUAGACCAAUGUGUCGAGCCCCAUCAGAAAAUGAUAGGACACAAAAGAAUCUGAAAAACACAACCGGACCCACUGAAGAACAUGUUGCUCAAGGACAUGCUGAUCAUGAACAUUCCCCAAAUUUAGAUCCUUCACCAUCCUUAAGUUCAGUAACUGUUAUGCCUCAGAAACAAUCUUGUGAUGCAGAUGUAAAUCCUUUGAUUGAGAAAACAACUGUUUUAGAAGGCAGCACAGCCAGCACCUCACUCGUGGAGCACUCUGAUAUUCCUAACCAAAGUGUGACUGUUAGAGAACCAGAAGUCCCUAGGACACAUGACAGCAAGGAAAGUGGGGUAGUUUCCACAGUAGAUACACCAACAAAAGCAAACAUGGAUAGCAGAAGACACAUUCCAGAAGAUGACCAGCCCACUGUGCUGCACACUAGACAAGGAAAAGUAAACAUUGACAGCAAGCUAACAGAUGUGAAUAUGGAAAAUGAGAAUGCUAACAAGGCAGGCAGCUUGAUGGACAUGACCAGGAGAGAAAGUGACUUUAACACAGAGCCUAGUUCAAAGCAGACAGUGAGAGCUGUACUAGAAAAUGGCAAAAAGCAUAGCAUCACUAUUGACCCUGCAGUAGGCAUGAGUACAGAACAAGAUGCUGAGACUGUACAACAUAAAUGUAGUAGUGGCCCAGGUGAUACAGAAGACACAUCAGUUGCAGUUGAAAGAAGGACUGAAAACAAUGAGGUUGACACCAGUGCUGGAAGUAAUGCUGCUUUCUCCGUGUUACAGCAGAGGAAUGAAAAGACUGCCAAUGGGGCAGCUGGGUCUGGCAGAGCAGAGAAGACUUCUCUUGCCACUAGUACUGCAGGAAAGGAUGAAGGUGUUCCCUUACACACAGUAAAGGCAGGGGAUGCCACAACCACUUCCUCAGAAACAGGAGAGGGUGAGGUAGCUGUGCCCUGCACCAGCAUUGAGGCAGAUGAAGGCUUCAUAACAGGUGCAUGUUCUAGAAACAAUCCUCUCCAUGCUGGGGCAGAAGCCAGUGAAUGCACUGUCUUUGCUGCAGCUGAAGAAGGUGGAGGUAUUGUCACAGAAGGAUUUGCUGAAAGUGAAACUUUCCUCACAAGCACCAAGGAAGGAGAGAGUGGAGAGUGUGCCAUGGUUGAAUCUGAAGAAAGGGCAGUGGAGCCUGUGGUUGCUCACACAAUUACGGUUGAAGACAAUGUCAACAGUGGUGUGACAGAAGAGAAAGAUGAUGCUGUCACUAGUGCUGGCUCUGAAGAAAAGUGUGAUGGUUCUUCACGUAGAGACUCGGAAAUGGCUGAGGGAACUGUUGCCUUUAUUAUUAGUGAAGUUGAAAGUGAUGGCGCAGUGACAAGUGCUGGAACAGAAAUAAGGGAGGGCUCCUUAAGCAGUGAAGAGGUGGAUGGAUUUCAGAGAAAUAUGACAAGAAUGGACCCCAAAAAAGAGACUGAGGGGACUGUGACAUGCACCGGAGCAGAAAGGAGAAGUGCUACCUCUGUUAUGUGCUCUGUAACAGGCGCCGAGCAACAAGAGGAGCAUGUGGCCCUGGUCAGUAACGACACACCACCAGGAACCAGUGCCCCCCAGGAAGGAGAUGCUUCUGUGAAUGAUGGGGCAGAAGGCGAAAGUGCCGUCACCAGCACAGGAAUAACAGAAGAAGAUGGAGAGGGGCCAGCGAGCUGCACAGGUUCAGAAGAGGGCAGUGAGGGCUUUGCUCUAAGUUCUGAAUCAGAAGACAGUGGAGAGAGUGCAAUGGACAGCACAGUAGCCACAGAAGCCACUAAUGUGCCAUCGGUUGCCGCUGGGCCAUGUGAUGAUGAAGGAAUCGUAACUAGCACAGGUGCAAAAGAGGAGGAUGAGGAAGGCGAAGGGGUGGUGACCAGUACUGGAAGAGGAAAUGAAAUUGGUCAUGCAUCCAUUUGCACUGGGACAGAGGAGGAAAGCGAAGGUGUAUCGAUUUGUGGAAGUGCUGAAGAAGGUGAUAGUCAGAUCGGUACUGCAGCAGGGUGCAUGGGAGCUGAUGCCGGACCUGCCAUCACCAAUGCCAAUGAGAGCAAUGUUGACAGCAUGAGUGGUGUGGAGAAGGGCAUGAAACAAGUAGAGAUCUGCUCCAGUGCAAAAGGGAUUGUAGAAAGUAGUGUGACCAGUGCAGCUUCAGGGAAGGGUGAAGUGGCACCGGUUCCCGAGGGUUGCGAGGGUCCCAUGACUAGUGCUGCUUCAGGUCAGAGUGACAGUCUGCUCAACAGAAAAGAAAAAGUUGAGGAUACCACUAUUUCAACUGGCUUGGUGGGAGGCAGUUAUGAGGUACUUGCAUCAGGGGCAGUCCCAGAACGGGAAGCUGGUCACACAUCACCCAAUGGAAAAGAAGACGAAGGUAUCAUCACUUCUGUGGACCAUGAAGAAUGUGAUGGCCUUAUGGCCACCACAGCCAGUGAUAGUGUUACCAACCAAACUUGUGUAGCUGGGGCCAAAAGUCCAGGCAAAGGCUUGAUGAUUUCCACCAGCACCACAAAUGACUACACCUCUCAGUUAAGCACAGUUACAGGCAUGGAAGAAGGUCAUUCAAGCGCCCUUCGAACUGGAGAAAGUAUAGAAGGCACCAGAAUAAACAUGGAGGAAUUUGAGGCCCCCAUGCCUAGUGCGGUGUCAGGAGAUGGAAGCCAACUCCCCGUGAUGAGAAAUGAAGAGAAAGAUGAGUGUGCCAUGAUUUCCACGAGCAUAGGGGAAGAGUUCGAAGUGCCCAUUUCCAGCGCCACAACCGUCACAUGUGUGGAGAGUCAGCCGCCAGUGGCUGCUGCCGAAGAAAGCACUCCAGGCCCCAGCCUGGCGAGCACUGAUGACUUUGAGGGUCCCAUGCCCAGCGCUCCCGCAGAAGUUGAAAGCCCUCUUGCCUCAACCAGCAAGGAGGAAAAAGAUGAGUGUGCACUCAUUUCCACCAGCAUAGCAGAGGAGUGCGAGGCCUCUAUUUCUGGUGUCCUUGCAGAAAGUGAAAAGGUGCGACCUGCUACCAUCCUAGAAGAGAAAGACGGGAGUGCCAUCAUCUCCACCAGCUCGGGAGAAGACUGUGAGGGCCCUGUGUCCAGCGCUGCCCCUCGGGAGGAAGUCCAGCCCUCGGUCACACGAGUGGAGGAGAUCAGUGACACCACCAUGAUUUCCACGAGCACCUCUGAAGGCCGCGAGGCAGUCAUGAUGGGCGCUGCCCCGCAGGAUGAUGAGCCACCCACCGCAGCAAGGAUGGAGGACUUGAGUGAUGCUGCCAUCAUCUCCACCAGCACAGCCGAGUGCAUGCUGGCGCCCACUGGCCUCGACAGGCAUGAGGAGGGCCCACAGACCGCAAGCAACCUGGAUGGGAAAGAGGACACGUCAGCCACCAGGAUGAACAAGAGCGAAGCCCCAAGUCCCAGCCUGAUGGCUGAGAACAGCCAUCUGCCCCCUGGGCCGCUGGCAGGGAACAGAGCCAUGGGUCCCGAGGAGGGGCACCACAGGCUGGCUGUCAACGUGCAGUCUGCUGUGGGUGGCCAACUAGGUGCUACGGGAGCACUGGAAGAGGGGUGCAGCAAGGAUGGGCCCCAUGAGGUGCCGCUGGCAGGGAAGGGACAGAGUCAGAACAGUUCGUGCCUCGGAAAUGCUGCAGACAGGAGUGUGUGGCUGAGCUCUGUUCAGGGAGGGCAGGGCAGCCAGGAAGCAACUCCUGCAGGGCAUAGCACCUGUUGGGCAGGGAGGGGCUUGAAGAGGGGAGCAGACUCACCUGAGGAUCCAAUGGGACCAGAGCAAAUGGCAGGGCCGAGAGCUGAGGACCCUUCCCUUAGGACCUCCUGUUUGCCAGCAGUAAGUCUCGGUGCUAAGAAAGCCGAUGAUGUGCCACCUGCCAGAGACUCCGCAGGGGAGCUGCCCUCCCCUGAGCAGUCCUGGCCCUCAGCCCCCGUGAAGACCACCACUGAAUGUAUUAAUGGCCAAGAAUCAGAAAUUGGCCCUUCCCAGGUGCCAGCCCUUCCAGCUGCCUAUGAUGGCAAACGGCUGGUUCAAGGGUCCAGUGAGAAAGCAGGAGAUGGUAAUGGCAUGAGGAAAUCAUCCCAGCAGGAAGGAGACCUCAAGGUCACUAUUCCACCUGAAGAAAAUUUUCAUGACCUAGGUGUUGAAGAGUCUCCGUUGAAUGUUUCGGGAGGACAGGCACUGAAAGGCACCUUGAAAACUGAGACAUCUGUAUCAUCAGAGGAAGAGAAAAAACAUGAAAUUCUAGCAGCACCAAAAAGUCCAUGUGGGAGAAAGCCAAGUGGAGUAGCUGAGCAACAGAGGGAGCCUUUCUUGGCGAAUGAAUCACUUAAUGUAAAAAAUUCAGGCUCAAGAGCAAAUGAAGAAAUUCAUAGCAAAUCUUCCAACAAAGAAGAGAUAUCCAACAGCAGAAAAGACAACACAGAAGCCUUAAGAGAUUACAGUGUUGAAGCAAAUCCUAAAGAGGUUGAAGAGGAAGAAAGGCAGAUGCCUAAAAGAAAAAGAAAGAAGCAUUAUCCCUCCUCAGAAGAUGAACUGGAUGAUAAUCCAGAUGUCCUAGAUUCCAAAAUAGAAACAGCACAGAGGCAAUGUUCUGAAACUGAACCACAAGAUACAAAGGAGGAGAACGCUGGAGAUUUGGAAGAAUUCUCUAAAACAAGUUCUAAGACAAACAGCACUGCUUCAAGGGCCAUGGAUGAAAAAGAUGAAUACAGCAGCGGCGAAGCUGCUAGUGAAAAGAUGGAGCAGAAUGACGAUGACAACAUGAAGUCUCAGGAGGAAGAUCAGCCAGUAAUUAUUAAAAGGAAAAGAGGAAGACCUCGUAAACACCCCGUAGAAACCAUGUUAAAAACAAAAGAGGACUGCAAAACAGAUACUGGCACCGUCAAUGUAGAACAGUCUUCACCUGGCAGCAAACCAAAAUUAACACAGACAGAUGAGUCCAAUAAAGAAACCACUACCCCACAAGAAAGAAGUAUGAGCAACGAUGAUGGCGAAGAAAAAACAGUAGCAAAUGUGCGUCGGAGAGGAAGAAAGCCCAAGCGUUCGCUCACUCUGUCAGAUGAUGCUGAAUCUUCAGAACCAGAAAGAAAACGCCAGAAAUCAGUUUCUGAAGCCACUGAGGACAAGAAAGACCAGGAGUCUGAGGAAGAAGAGGAAGAGGAGGAAGAGGAUGAGCCCUCAGGAGCCACCACAAGAUCCACCACCAGAUCAGAGGCUCAGAGAUCGAAGGCCCAGCUCUCCCCUUCCAGCAAGCGCAAGAGGGGCCAGCCCCCCGGAGCCCGGACUAGAGGCCAGCAGAGGGUGGAAGAAGCCCCUCCGAAGAAGGCCAAGCGGUAAUCCUGGUCACCACCACCACCAUGCCCCUGGCGUGUUGGAGACACAGGCGAGAGGAGAGAGUAAGCCUCGGGGCCAGAAGCUUUUUUUUUUUUUUAACCAGGGAAAGGACAUGCAUGUGCUGUAA